AUGUCUCCAUUAACAGUGCCCAAGAACAACAGAAGAACCAGGAAAAAGAGAAGAACGCAAGUGUCUUCAUCUGAUUCCUCCUCUUCCUCCUCUUCCUCCUCCUCUUCUUCGGAGUCAGAAUCGGAAUCAAAGUCAAACUUAAACUCAAACUCACGUCCAAACAACCAUCCGAAUUCAAACUCAAACCUCUCUGGUGAACACAGCUACAAUGCUCCACUAAGUCAAGCCUCCACAGAGACCAACAUUGAUUCCCUACAGUUACAUGUUCCUUCCAGCACCCGCGCCACACCUGCCGCAGAAAAUUUAAGCACGCCGCGGGACGUGCACGUGACGCGCCUGCGCGUGGCGCAGCUGGCGAAAUUGGAUAACGACUCUUCGAGAGGGACGCCACAUCGGGGUACUGCUGUCGACUCUGACGAAUGGCUCACAGCUAUGUUGGCAGAAUACGGGGACGACAUCGACACAUUGAGAACAACGGCGAAGGACUUCUCCACGGAGAGCGUGGCCAUUAUAGCACAGCUGCUAAGAGAGUCGCAGAAUGUCUUUGAAGAAGUGUAA